UAUUAGUACUAAGUGUUGAUUGUCGGAAAAUAAUUUAGAACAAGUAUGCAUUCAUCUAACCCAGGACCAGAGCUUGCAUCUUGAACUUAUUCCCGCCUAUGGGCUACAUCCGAGGCUGGCCAAGCUCAGUCUCGCACCCAAACCUACACGUACCUACUACCCCACAGAAAGCCUGAAUCUGCACACGCUUUGGCCCAGAUCUAUGCUAGUAAUUCACCCCACCAAAGCAUUCACAAGUUCCAACGACGUCUAACCCAAACACCCAAGCAAGCUCAUCACCAAUAUCCCGCCCACCCCCAUCUUCCCUAUCCAACCCCCCGACCGACAAUACGCCAUGUCCGAUAGACCAUCACACCGAGGUGGCCGCGGCCAAGGAUCACAUCCUCGAGGUGGACGCGGAGGCGGUCGCGGAGGAGGCGCGGGAGGCGCUCAGCAGGAGCGCGAGAGACCCAAGAAGGAGAACAUCCUUGACCUGGGCAAGUACAUGGACAAGCAGAUCACCGUCAAGUUUAACGGUGGCCGUGAGGUCAAGGGCACGCUGAAGGGCUAUGACGCUCUGAUGAACCUGGUUCUGGAUGAUGUGCAUGAGGUUGUUCGAGACGACGAAGGCAACGAGUCUACUCGAUCCCUCGGUCUUGUGGUUGUACGAGGCACCCUCCUUGUUCUUGUCAGCCCCGUCGACGGCAGUGAAGAAAUUGCCAACCCUUUUGUUCAACCCGAGGAUGACUGAAGAGACAAACACAAGCGGACUGGAAAUGAAAAUCAUGACGAUACGCAGUAAAGAGUCAAGUGCCUGAUUGAGCGCCAGCCACAAAAUAUACAGCCCUGUCAAGGCUCGACGACUCAAAGAAAGAGAUCGAGCAAUUACUUAGACUAGACUGCCUUCUCCAAGCAUGCCAUCUGGAUUAUGUAUGGCUCACAAACGGCCGCGUAAUACAAAUCCACUGGGCUUCAAUUGCACAUCACCACGUCACUAGCCGGAUUCAAUAUCUUAUAUUCAAGGCAAUAGACUAUGUUAAUAAAGCAAAGCUGUAUGC